UCCACAGCCAUAGACAUGUGGUCAGUGGGGUGCAUCUUUGGGGAGCUGCUGACACAGAAGCCGCUGUUCCCAGGGAAGUCAGAGAUCGACCAGAUUAACAAAGUUUUUAAGGAUCUGGGCACUCCCAGUGAGAAGAUCUGGCCGGGUUACAACGAGCUGCCAGCAGUGAAGAAAAUGACCUUCACCGAGUACCCCUACAACAACCUGCGCAAGCGCUUCGGGGCGCUGCUCUCCGACCAGGGCUUCGACCUCAUGAACAA